AAGCCUAUCAAUUACACCGCAGACUCCUGUGGCAAGCUGCUCAUGUAGCUUUUUUUGUAGACUAGCUUUUAAACCCUUCUGUUAGCUUUCUUGGGCUAUAUCUUAAAGAUAGCCUAAAAAAAGAUUGUAAAACAUAUCAAUAGGUCAAACAACAGCCAAUCUUAACAAUUGAAGUGCAGAUGUGCAGUAGCCUAACCUUGUUUAGCGCUUCACAUGCAUAUCUAUAGCCAAUCAACAACUGUAUCGAAAAGAAGAGCAAAAGAUUGUCCAAUUAAAAACAAUCCUGACGUGAAUCCUUUUAAAGAUGCAGUGUGAACAAAUGAGCGAAAAGGUGCGCGCACAAGGGGGCGUAUUGGUGGGUGACAUUAUACCGUCAAUGCGCACAGCUUUCAGUAUUCUGGUUAGCUGGUUCGACAUCCUCUCGGAGACCACAUGCAACUUUUUCCGAGCAUUUUGAUGAUUACAUUUUGCAGCGCAGCCGUUUAUUUAACGUCUUGAACUAAAACCGAUCGACGAUGUCUCUCAUUGAGGAAUAUGAGGAAGGAGAAUACGAAAGGGCACCUAAGCGUCUCAAGACGAUGGAUGUUGAGGAAGGAGAGGAUUUGGAGGAGGGGGAAGACUCGGAUUCAGCUUCCGCCGGGCUGCUAGGAGACGAAGAGGAUGCAACCGGGUCUGGCGGAGAAAACCGGGCCCGGUGGUCGGCAUCCAAUUAUGUAUCUGGAAGAAAGGACAAUGGGGAGGAUGCUCACAGGAUUGCCCCCUCUUCAGUGGUCCACGUCCGGGGCCUCUGUGAGUCUGUUGUGGAGGCGGACCUGGUUGAGGCUCUGGAGAAAUUCGGCAACAUCUGCUACGUUAUGAUGAUGCCCUUCAAACGCCAGGCCCUGGUUGAGUUUGAGGGUAUGGAAAGUGCUGACAAGUGCGUAGCGUGUGGCGCUAACGAGGCUGUCUACAUUGCCGGACAGCAGGCCUUUUUCAACUACUCCACCAGCAAGAGAAUCACCAGGCCUACCAACUCAGAUGACCCCAACAGUGGCAACAAAGUCUUGCUCCUGUCAAUCCAGAACCCACUCUACCCAAUCAGUACUGACGUUCUGUACACAGUCUGCAAUCCCAUAGGCAACGUGCUACGCAUCGUCAUUUUCAAACGCAACGGAAUCCAGGCCAUGGUGGAGUUUGAAACGGUUCAAAAUGCCCAAAAGGCCAAAGCUGCUCUCAAUGGAGCCGACAUAUACGCCGGCUGCUGCACCCUCAAGAUUGAAUACGCUCGGCCCACGCGACUCAACGUCAUACGUAACGACAACGAUAGCUGGGACUACACCAAACCCUUUCUUGUCAGACGAGAGCGAGGAAAAGGCAGGCAGCGACAGGCCAUACUAGGGGAACACCCUUCCUCCUACAAUGACAACGGCUAUGGAUCACACUGCCCCCUACUGCCCUUGCCAAGCAACAACAGGUACAAGAGGAGCUCCCACGACAUGCCCGAAGUGGUGGCCUACCCGCUGCCCCAGACCUCGUCUUACAUGAGCCAUGCCUCCAGCUCUGUCGCCAUGGUGAGCGGCCUGCACGCUGCCAAGAUGAACUGCACGCGCAUCUUCAACCUCUUCUGCUUGUAUGGGAACAUCGAAAAGGUGAAGUUCAUGAAGAGCGUGCCCGGCACGGCGCUGGUGGAGAUGGGAGAUGAGUAUGCAGUGGACCGAGCCAUCACACACCUCAACAGCAUCAAGGUGUUUACCAAGAGGCUGAACGUCUGUGUGUCCAAGCAGCAUGCGGUCAUCCCUAGCCAGGUGUUUGAGCUGGAGGAUGGCAGCAGUAGCUACAAGGACUUCGCCAUGACGCGCAACAACCGCUUCAGCAGUGCCGGCCAGGCAUCCAAGAACAUCAUCCAGCCCCCUGCUGCCGUGUUACACUUCUACAACGUCCCACCCUGCGUCACACAGGACCAGCUGCAGAGGUUAUGUACAGAACAUGAUGUACCAGCAUUCAUCAAAUUCAAAGUGUUUGACGCAAAACCCAGCUCCAAAACCAUCUCAGGACUAUUAGAAUUUGACAACAAGACGCAUGCAGUGGAAGUUCUAACAGUCCUAAACCACCACCAGAUCAGAAUACCAAAUGGCUCAAAUCCAUACACCCUCAAGCUCUGCUUCUCCACCUCUUCACAUCUUUGAGGCCACACAUCCUAAACAGCCACCUGCUGUUUGCCAGAAACACGUGAACGGGAGAAUCAAAAAAGGGGAUAGGAAGCAAGUCAGGAUAGAAUUUCAUUGAUCCAAGAAGGCAAAGGCAAAAAAAAAAAAAGAUGUAAGAUCAUUUUUUGGUUCCUACAUCUGAACAAUGUCAAUGGAUUAUCGUUUUUUGUUUAGGUUUUUCCCACCUUGUUUACAUGGACUACUCUGAAUAGUGGUUGAACUGAUGGUUGUGUUCAAGAGGAGAAACUAAAAAGAGAACAAAAAAAGCCCCAUAAGGCGGCGCCGUUGGACACUACAGUGGAUCUGAUGUUGUUUUUGUUUUGUUGUGCUGACCUGACAAGAACUGAAUAAAGACCUCCAUCUUUUUUGUGCCUUACUCCACUGAUAAAAGACAAAGUGAUUUACCUUCAUUUCAUUUUUCAUUCCUAAGAUGAUGUCAAUGGCCAGUUGUGCAACUUUCAGAGCAUUCUCAAAGUUGAAUCUUGUGAUGAGCGACCAGUGUUUUUUCUGGAUAGUUUUCCUCCAGUGGUGGUGGUGUGAUACUAUCUACAAAGCAGCCUCCACAUUUGCUUAGUUUAGUUCGGUCAGCUAGAUCCAAAACAGGCCAAAUGUAUUUUCAAGUGGUGGAAAUAUCACUUCGGGAAAACACUGGUACAUUAUGAAGAUGCGUGUGCCUAACUCUGCAAUAGAAGAGAUUACUCAGUGCUUGUUAAAGACAAACCUGUGUUUUAGAUCACAGUAUAUUGUGCAUAUAUAUGUAUAGCAACUUGACUUUUUAAGGUGCACUUAAACAGAAUUCAAAAGCUCAUUUGCAGUUGAAACACGAGCUGUGAACGAGCAGAACAUCUAAGGCCUCACCGUAGACACAAAUAGAGAUUACAGAUACAUAACAGUCUAGUGUUGCUUGAAUGGUGCAUCCAUAAUCUCUAUAUGUAUCUACGGUGAGCUGUGCUGCUUAAGUCUGAUCCACAGGCCUGUAUGGAACUGUGUUAAGGACUGAAUGGAAAAUAGAAGGUUUUCAACAGAGUUUUGCUCUGUCAGCAGAAGUGCACCAUGUCAACAUAAGUGAACUCUUAUCAAACAAGAGUGUGCGUGCUAAGUCUCACACUGGGCUCCGUAACAAGCCAUUUCUUACGAGGGUUGUGUGUUGUGUGUUCCCACCGUGUUCCUAUGUUUGUACUAGGCACAUGACCAAACCACGUCUGAAAGUCCACUAUGAGCAU